AUGAUAAUAAAAAUACCUACUACGGAACUGUGUGUAUAUUUUACAAUUUGGAUAUUUAUUAACUUAUACGCGUUAUUUAAACUAGUGAAUUCACAAAGUGAUAUUCUAGGAAGAAAUGAUUAUCUAAAAUCGUCCUUAAAUGAUUUAGAGCCAGGGUGGAAACUUUUUUCGAGACUUAAAGAUGUUUCUGAUAUAGAAUGGAGUAGUUGGAAAUUUUACUACCACAUAGACAAUAUGGAGCUGGUAAGGAAAUUACCGACAAUAGCAUUAUGUGGUGGAGGUCUUUGGAUGGGACUACAGUUUCACCUUAAAUAUGUGAUUUCAUAUGGUACUACAGCAGCAUUUGCUAGACUAGACAACAUUGAAGCCCCACCAACACCUCGAUGCAUAGCUCGAAUUCAUGUAUAUUCUCAAAUGUGGAGGCAUUUUGAUGUUGGCUUAUAUAGGUUUUUGGUCAGAUACAUCUACAAACCAAGCUUUAGUAUAAUAAGUAGCUAUAUUAAAUUGCCAAAUAUUUUCUAUAAAUUGGCGGCAUCGCUAGGAACGUUUUUAUUCAUUUUUAUGUGGCAUGGCACCGUGUGGCAUAUAUUUAUGUGGUCGUUCUUGAACUACAUUGGAAUCACAUUAGAGCAUUUCGGGAAGUCGAUAUCAAAGCACAACAAGUAUAUUUGGUUUAAGGAAAACGUGUUGAAGACAGAGGCUAUGGAGACAAGACUUAUUGCAGCGCUCUGUGCACCUUUGUUAGCUCUAUCCGCUAUAUCAAACUUUUAUUUGUUUGCUGGAACAAAAGUGGGGAACUUGUUCUUUGAAACUAUAUUACAAGUGCCAACUUUUGAAAAUUGUAUUCUUCUAUGUGUAUCUCUGUACAGCUGUUGUCAUGUGUCAAUGGCUUUAGAAGAUGUUCCUUCUAGAAAGUUCUUAAAAAAUUUGGGUAAAGAGCAUUCAUUGUGA